UGUGGAAGGAGAAGUGUAGUGCAAGAAGUGGGGGAAACCUUCUGUGGAAGGAUAACAAGUCAUUUAACCCACGCUGCUUUCAGCCAUCAAACACCAAGUCUCUGCACAAAGCCUACAUUUAACUCCAUCAGUGUCUUUGUGAACCUAUGAAAUGGCCGUGAUGGAAAUUGCAUGCCAAGGAGCUCCUGACCCCACCAUCGGGCACCAAAAGGAGCUUUCUGCUACUAAAGGGCUGGGUGAAACAGUGAGUGAGAAGCAGAGCAGUGUUUGCAAAGUAGAAGAUUCGGAGAAAGUUGCCUUCCACAGUCAAUGGAAAAUCCUGAAAGAUGUGAUCACCAAAGGAACAGCAAAAGAAGAGACGGAAGGGGGUUCUGCAUCCAUUUCCAUCAUCGCCCAGGCUGAAUGUGAGAACAGCCAGGAGUUCAGCCCCACCUUUUCAGAGAGGCCUUUCAUAGCUGAUAGUAAACGUUACAGUCGGUCAGACAGUCUUGAUCAAAUCCCGAACAAUGUGGCCCAUGCUACCGAAGGGAAAAUGGCACCAGCCUGCUGGAGGGCAAGGCAUCGCGGUAAAGGCAAGAAGAAACGUCGCAAGAAAAGAUCCAGGGUCAGAAUACAAACACUGGCCUCUGCUAAGCAAGGGCCCAGAACUCCAGAACAGGAAAGUUGUACACCGAUCCCAGUCCAGGAGGAUGAAACGCACCAAAACACUCUCUUCAGUAACAGCUCCUGUUUUUCAGAACCUUGCAAGGACUCAAUUUGUGAUCAGAUACCAUUUGAGAAACCUAGAAAAGUUCUACUCACAGGCAAACUCCAUUCGCUAAGGAACCUGCACAGACCAGAACUGCACAAGUUGAUAAGCCCAGUACAGUGCCUGAACCAUGUUUGGAAGCUACACUGUCAGGGUGAUUUUGUGCCUCAGCCAGAGACCCUCCAUCCCUUCCCUUACAGUCCUCUUUGUGCCAUGAAACAUAAUCCUCUGGAGAUUAAUCUCCUCGAUGAUCGGGCCUGUGUGAAUGGUGAGCGUCACUUUUCUGGCCUAAGCUUAGAAUGCAGCUUCCCAAAAUGUGUCAGCCCGUCCCUGGAAACCAACUUGGACAAACUUUCUGUGGAAGAAUAUUUGGUGGAUGCUCUUAAGGGGAGCGUGAGUCUCGGUGAGCCGCAGAACUUAGCCAGCCUGGCCAAGACGUGGAGAGGAGGCGGUCUGGAUUUGAAGGAGCAGUUUCAAGAGACAGAUGACAAUGAGGGGGUGCUGCUUACUGAGAAACUAAAGCCAGUGGACUAUGAAUACCGGGAAGAGGUUCACUGGACCAAGUGCCAGGACUCUCUGGGUGUUGGCUCUUUUGGGGAAGUCUACAAAAUAGAGGACAAACAGACGGGAUUUCAGUGUGCUGCCAAAAAGGUGCAAGUCGAACACUUUCGUGCAGAAGAGUUGACGACAUGUGCUGGAGUAACAAGUCCCAAAGUUGUCCCUUUGUAUGGAGCCGUGAAGGAAGGUCCUUGGGUUACUAUCUUCAUGGAGCUAAUGGAGGGUGGCUCACUAGGCCAGCUGAUUAAACAAAGUGGCUACUUGCCAGAGGAUCGAGCCCUCCGUUACCUGGGUCAAGCAUUAGAGGGUCUGGAGUAUCUUCAUGCUCACCACAUUCUGCAUGGAGAUGUCAAAGCGGACAACGUGCUCUUAUCCAGUGAUGGAAGCCGGGCUCUCCUCUGCGACUUCGGCCACUCUGCUCGCCUUCAUCCCGAUGGCUUGGGGAAGUGCUUGGUGACAGGGUGCUACAUGCCUGGCACAGAGACUCACAUGGCUCCAGAGGUAGUAAUGGGAAAACGCUGUGACUCAAAGGUGGAUGUCUGGAGCAGCUGCUGCAUGAUGCUGCACAUGCUCAAUGGGUGUCAUCCUUGGACCCGGUAUUACAACCACCCUCUUUGCUUAAAGAUAGUCAAAGAGCCGCCUCCGUUGAGGGAAAUCCCACCUUCCUGUAACCGUUCCACUGUCGAGAUCAUUAAAGCAGGGCUAGAGAAGGAGCCACUUAAAAGAGCUUCUGCGGCUGAGUUGAAGACUAAGGCUGACAUAGCUCUGCAGGAGGUGGGAGAUGUGAAGAACCCCUGGAGAGAAUACAGAGAACCUAGAUGCUUAUCUUUGGAUGAAAAAAACAAUCCGCACACCUCCCUGUCCCCAACAGUCAGCCUGAUUUCUGAGACUCUGGCUAGCCCUGGGUCAGCUCCUUGCCUAUCCCAAAGCCUGCAGCCACCAUCUCUGGAGCUGACCGAGAAGACUGGGGUAACUCCUUGGAAUCUGUGCAAGGAGUUACCUAGGGUCUGUGAGCCACUUUCCCUCUCCUCCCUGGCUCCUGUCCCCACCAAGAGCAGCAGCUCCACGGAACGGGCAACAACUAUCUCGGAACAGGAGCUUCAGCAGCUGGAAAUAGAGUUGUUUUUGAACAGUCUGUCGCAGCCGUACUCUCUGGAGGAGCAGGAGCAAAUGCUCUCAUGUCUCAGCAUUGACAGCCCGCUCAUGUCUGAUGCCAGUGAGAAGAACUCUCUGAAGGCCUCUCAGAGCCUGAGGGACACCAUGAGCUCUGGGGUUCACUCCUGGAACAGCCAGACCGAUGGACAGAGCUUCAGCUGGAACAACCUGCUGUAUCGCAGUCGGCACACAGACACCCCCAGCUAUUUCAAUGGAGUGAAAAUCCAGAUCCAGUUGCUAAGUGGAGAAAAUCUUCAUAUCCGAGAGUUCCACAGGACCAAGGUGGGAGAGGUUGCUACUGGGAUAAGCAGCCAGAUACCAGCCUCUGCGUUCAGCCUUGUUACAAAGGAAGGUCAACCUGUUCGCUAUGACAUGGAGGUUCCUGACGCUGGUAUAGAGCUGCAGUGCACCCUUGCUCCUGACUGCAGUUCCGGUUGGACCUGGAGAGUCAAGCAUGGUCAGCUGGAGAAUAGACCAUGAGGCUCUUGGUCGUGGAGGUCACUUCCUCAUGUUGAAGCAUGGAAUUACAGAAGCCCACAACCAGCUUUGCCUGAUAAGCGUCAAAUGUAGCUAUUGCUGUUUCCUACAGAACUAGGAUUCAGGGUUCAGCUACUCCCUGCUUUAGUGCAUCAACGCCUGGCUGCUUGGUCUGGAUUCAGUCUCUAGGCAGGCGCUGUCUAGAGCGAGGGCUGUGGACAUGCUGCGAUUGAAUGCAGCAGAGGAACAGGGCGGUGCUACUGUGCAUCAGCACUUUCCAGGAGAGUGCUGGACACACCAAUUGCUCACAACUCCGCCAUGAAGUCAGUCGAUGUUGCACUCGCUAGAGGAAGGAAGCUAGGGAUCGUGAGUGUAGUAGUAUGGUGGGUGAGGAGGUGGCAAGCUCCUUUCUUGGUGGGGGGGGAAGUUCUGUCUCUAAGUUUUGAAUAGCAUCACUGCCUUAAGAUUAGAGCAGUGGAGGAAAAUAGAAGCUGUAACUGGCUGGGUUUAAGGGUUGUGAUCAAAUCCUUGUGUUUCCGGUUUCCCUUCCCAGCAGCACUCUGUUUUUUGAGGUUGCAGCUUCUAAUCAGGAAAGGAGUAGGGCUGCUUUCCAUUCACCUCUGAUUGCAACAUCUCCUCUGUAGUUCUGCUCCACAGAGACCUUGCAUUAUCCCACUUUCAUUAUUGUAAACAAUAUGUAUCAAGGAAGGGAAUACAUGGUCUGGAGGCUUGAGAGUUGAGCUCCUGGGUUCUGUUCCCAGCUUUGCCACUGAUGUGCUGUGCCUUGACUAACCUUUUUGAGAGUCAGUUUGUCCAUACGCUGGAUAGAAUACGGGUGGGAGGAAUAGCAGCUAGAUUUAACCCCUAUGGAGCACGUCAACAUCAGUGAAUGACAGGUACUGCAUAAGUCCUCUGUUAGAGCCAUGGCUAAGUAUCAUAGAUUAGAUCAUAGAUUAUUAGGGUUGGAAGGGACCUCAGGAGAUCAUCUAGUCCAACCCCCUGCUCAAAGCAGGAUCAAUCCCCAAAUGGCCCCCUCAAGGAUUGAACUCACAACCCUGGGUUUAGCAGGCCAAUGCUCAAACCACUGAGCUAUCCCUCCCCCCUGUACUGUAAGGAAGUAAGUAAGUCUGUCAUUAUCCCCAUUUUACAGAUCAGAAAUCUGAGGCAAGAGCAAAGCAGUGACUUGGCCAAAACCACACUCUGAAUGUAUGGCAGAGCAGGGACUAGACGUUCCUGACUCAGCCAGUGCUUUGUCUACAGACCAUGUUGCAAAUUAUAGUGAAACUUGCAAGUAAUGCUGGGCUAAAGUACAGUUCUCCUGCGCCUUUAUUAGAAGCUGCAAGCACAUUAAGCCUCUAAUCUCCAGUGGUCUCUUGCAUGAUUAACGUUUCUGGCUGUUACAUGAUCAAAAAUCCUGAAUCAGAAAAUCAAAGCUCUUGAAAAUGUGAAUUCCAAGAUGAGUGGAACUUUCGUAUCACUACACUGGUGCUCAGUGUAGUGAUAUUUCUAUACUUGUUUCAUCCCAAAAUACUUAAACUAGAGAGAGUAUAUAUCUGUUGUAGCUGAAAGCAGCCAGCUUGGGCAUCUAGCAGUAACUGGCUAGCAAAUAACACAGGGCAUUCCCACAGAGAGGGGAGACUUGCAUUCCAUUACACUUCUGUCGCCCUUUUUAAGAACGCAGCCCCGACGUAAACUAGGGAGCUGCAGUAUUGCCUGUCACCCCAAAGGUUGCUUAUGCCUAAGGCUCUGUGUUUGUCACGAAAGUGACUGAUUCUGUGACUUCUACAAUGGCUGGUGCGCCUGGCCUGGGGGCCACCUGAGCAGCUUGGGUAGCCCCUGGACCAGGCACACUGGCUGCUGCUGGGGCAGUCUCAGGCCCCCCUGUCCCCCAGCAGCAGGAGUUCGGGUGUGGGGGGUGCUCCCUGGAAAGGCAACAGCAACUCCCCUCCGUCCGCUUCUAUCUCCACAUGCUGCCUCCACCUGCAGGCCAAUGGGAGCUGUAGAACCCAGGGCUUGGGGUGGAGCGGAGGCAGCACAUGGAGCCAGGAGCUGGGUAGGGAGCC